AUGUCGUGCGACACGGCUGCAUUAGACGCGGAGAUUCUCGCUCUUGAAUCCAAGUUUAUGGACCUCCAGUGCCGCGAGACCGAGGCAAGGAGGCUUCUCGGCUUUGUGCUAGAGCAGAAGAACACGGUGGAAAGAGAGCUCAGCGCGCUCAAGUAUAGGAGAUAUCCUAUCAAAUGGUUGCCCCCGGAGUUGCUCACUGAAAUCUUUCUCCACUUCGUUAACUGGUCAGAAGAGGAAGUUAUCCAUCCCCCGCGUAAUCUGGUGUUCCACAAAGGACCAGUCAUUCUGUCGCACGUCUGCCACCAGUGGCGGGAACUUGCCCUGUCGACAUCUGCCCUUUGGUCUCUCAUUUGUGUGAGAAAAUCCGAACCAGCGAGGGCUUUCUUCACUCGCUCCAACCAGGUACCCAUUGACAUCAUCGGUACAGAGCCUUUCCCCUUGUCUGAAGGCGCGUUUCCACUUGCCAGUGCUCGAUCUGACAUCCGAAAGUCGUCCUCUCGUUGGCGAUCUGUUAUUUGGUCGGGAACGAACUUUCUGGAGUUUCUCCUAGAACUCAUCAACCACGAAUCUCCGUUUCCUCACCUAGAAACCCUCAGCCUUGCUCGGGAUGGGACAGCCAGGGGUAUUCCAGAUGCCCAAUCUCUUGUGCGGCCCACGAUAGAUGCACUUUCUCGCCUGUCAUAUCUUCACCUGCACGGUGUAGCGCCCUCCGAGUUGCCCCCCGUGUACUUCCCCGCUCUGUGUACCAUUAAUUUAGACUUCUCGAAGGAAAGCUGGCAUUUUGGGCAUAGAGGCCUACGUCUAUCGAAUCUCCUGCCUCUGCUCCACCGCUCGCAGAACCUUGAACAACUGUUUAUGGAAGCUGUUCCGCUCAUAGAUGUCUACGUCGAAGUAGGAUCUGGUGCCUCUGGCGACUGUGAUAUCCCUCCUGGAAGCCGUUUCGCGAAACUGCAAGUGAAACCCAUCGUGCUUCCUCAUCUUCGUUCUUUCAAGUGGCGACUCGUGCCUCCAGGUGACAUGUGGUUACUCUUUAUCUACAUUGAGAUGCCAUCUCUCCAAGAGCUCCACCUCUUUCUCGGCAAUCGUAGAAAGCAGUGGACACAGAUGUUCGAGCAAGUCCUCUUGCCCUCCAACUCUCCCCCGAUAUCUGGUCUGCAGACCUCGCCGGUCAUCACGUUGGCGAAGCUCGAGGAGCUUUUUGUAAACUGUCGUGAUGCUGAGAGCCUAGCUGCUCUAAAGAAGAUACAGUUACCUGCACUCAGGAAGCUGAAUAUGUCCCGCGACGUGUUCUCGCUGAUCGAAUCUUCAUCUCCUCAACUCCCUCGCCUCGAAUCUAUUUUCCACGAUCCGCGCCUGCCGCAUCUCACUAGCUUGAAGCUCAUCUGGUUUGAUCUAGAUGCCGAGAACACCAUCUCCAUGCUCAGAUACAUGCCAUCGCUGACGCUGCUCUACAUCGAAUCGUGCCACGGAGCUGGAGAAGUUCUGUGCCACUUGUCCGGCGGCUCGUGUAGGAAUUCUCAUGUUAAGACGCAGAGGAGCUGGACCUGCCCCCGCCUCACGCAUCUGAUUCUAACCUUUUGUGCGGAUGUCAAAUUCAGUUGUCUGAGUGCGGUCGUGCAGGCCAGGAAGGCGCAGUCGAUGAUGGCUGCCUCAACCCCAGAGAGCAGUGCCUCUACUACUCCUGCUAGGCUGAUGAAGCCACUCAAGCGGAGGGCCCUCCAAAACCCCAACAGUCCUGUCCUAUCGUUGCCUACUCCCGCAUCUCCCAAUGGUAGCUUCAUGCCAGGUUGGAAUUCGUUCGGGGUUGCGAAGCCCUCCAGUAUCAUCUCUGUUCACAUCAGCGGAUGUCGGAGAGUCUCCAAGGUGGAGGCGAUGUCAUUGAUGGAGGAGGAUUGGGGAGUGUUGGACAUCUCUUGGGCUCCGUAG